AUGAAUCACCCGGUAUAAUAAAAAAAAGUGUAUUGUAUGUAUUAGUGAUUUUCGUUUUUGUACUGUUGGUAUUUGUUGUAUUUGCGAUAAAAUUCAGUUAACCAAAUUGCUGUGCGUUGUUGUCUUUAAAACUUUAAAAUUAAGUUUUUGCACAGUUUCACUUAUCAUUGAUCUUGUUAUAUAAUACAAAAUCAUAUGGCGGACGAUGCCGAAAGCGACGAUCAGUGGUUAUACGGCGACGGCGACGUCGAUGCACCUCCGCCACAAGCAGAAAAGCAACCGGAGGUAGAAGAGAAGGAGGCUGUGGCCGAAACAGACAACAGUGCCGAUCAACCAGAAGAAGCAGCCCCCGAGGCCGAUCCACCGCUCGAUGACCCUCCCAAAGAUAAACCGACGGAAAACGGCGAGGCCGUCGAAGAAGACAAACAAAACGGGGAAGGCAGUGAUAAGGAGGACUACGACGAAGACAGUGACGAUGACGUUAACGUCGUAAUUGGCGAUAUUAAAACGAGUCCAACGUACGCUUCGCUUAACAUAAAAAGGGGCGGCUUACUUACGACUACAACGAAAGGGGACAAAACAUUGCAAACGCCCCAAACUGGAAAGUUUACCGUUGAGGAAUUCGAACACGUGGGGUUGAUCAAUGGUAUUCCUGCAAGCGAAUUUAACUUGGACAGCUUGGAAGAUAAGCCCUGGCGGAAACCGGGUGCGGAUAUUACCGAUUAUUUUAAUUACGGAUUCAACGAAGACACUUGGAGAGCUUAUUGUGAGCGACAAAAACGAAUGCGUGUGUCGGAGUCGGGUACUGGGUUGCUGCCCCUGAACGCUAUCGGAAUGCCACGCGGGCCUCUACCGAUUAUGAAUGAUAAUAGUAAGUAUGCUGGUGCUGCUUAUGCAGGAAUAAGAAAAGCUGGACCUCCUCCAGGUAGAAGAAUGACUGGUUCAAUUGACGUUAUCGGUGGUGCCACAAGUCGCAUUGGUGUUCCCGUUUCGAAAGUAGAGGCUCCCAAAGAAAAUGUUAUACAGGUGAUGACGGCCGAUAGACGAGAAUAUAGCCGAAAGCCAGCCCCAUUUCCGGAUAUGUCUGUCCCACCACCGACGACGUUCGAAGAGUUCCAUCCGGAAUACGACUUCAAUCCUGAACCGGAACCGUUUUACGGCGGCUACGAACCUACUCAAGAUUCCCAAUGGGGAGGUAAUUCUUCGUGGCAGCCGCAGGAGAUAAAAACUCUAACACCGACCGCCCCACCCGGUCCGGUCAUGCCUCCCGCUCCCGUUCCGCCCGUAAACGCACCUAUGAUGUCGAACAGGCAUCCGCCGAUGCCCGUCCCUAGCCCCGUAAAGGACGAGAUGGCAUUGUCUAGACGUUCAAAGUCGAAGGAGAAGGAGUCGAUGCGGCGAGAAAGAGAUAGAUCUCGGGAGAGAGAUCGCGAUCGAGAGCGUGAACGAUCUCAUCGUAGAGAUAGAUCGAGAAGCAGAUCUCGUAGGCAUAAGUCACGAUCGAGAAGUCCGAGUCAUCGGUCACAUCGUAAGAAGAAAUCUAGAAGGCACGAAGAUAGUGAUUAAGUUAAAUAGUUGUCGUAAUCCAAUUUUAUUGUGCAUUGUUUAUUAUUAUGCUACUAGGUUCUACAGAAAUAAAUAAAUUGGAUUUAUGAUGCUGUUGAAUAAGUUCAAAGGGUACUGGUUUCAACAGAAUGGUGCACCCGCGCACAACGCCUUUAUUGUGUAAAGAUACUAUAUCGGACAAAUUUGUAUUUAUAAUAAAAAAAUGCCAUCCAA